AUGGGCACCGUGCUGUCCCUGUCGCCGGGGCUGCGGAAGGCCAGCCUCUACGAGGACGGCUCCUCCAGCUCGCUGGGCCCCUACGCGGGGCUGCCGGGCGCCAAGGGCGGCGGGCCGAAGGCCGAGAAGGGGCUCAAGAGGCACUCCGUGCUCAUCCCGGCCCUGACCUGGAAGCGGCUGGUGGCCUCCACCAAGAAGAAGGGCUCCCGCGUGGGCGGCAAGGGCCCCUCACACAACAACAACAACAACCGCCCCCAGGCCAAGGACGUGGCCCUCCUCAACCACGAGAACGCCAAGAAGUCGCUCUCGUGCGCCAACCUCGCCAGCUUCGACGGGGGCGGGCAGCCGCUGGCCCCGCUCAGCUCCAAGCGCGUCUCGGCCCCCUCGGUCUGCUCCGCGCUCAAGCCCGGCGGCGGCGGCGGCCCCGCCUCGUCCCCCCGCCGGGUCAUCGUCCAGGCCUCCACCAGCGAGCUGCUGCGCUGCCUGGGCACCUUCCUCGCCCGGCGCUGCUUCCGCCUGAAGCACCUGUCGCCCACGGAGCCCAUCCUGUGGCUGCGCAGCGUGGACCGCUCGCUCCUGCUGCAGGGCUGGCAGGACCAGGCCUUCGUCACGCCCGCCAACGUGGUCUUCGUCUACCUGCUGUGCCGCGAGACCAUCGACGGGGACGCGGUGGCCAGCGAGCACGAGCUCCAGGCGGCCCUGCUCACCUGCCUGUACCUGUCCUACUCCUACAUGGGCAACGAGAUCUCCUACCCGCUCAAGCCCUUCCUGGUGGAGGCCUCCAAGGACGCCUUCUGGAACCGGUGCCUUCGCAUCAUCAACGCCAUGAGUGCCAAAAUGCUCCGGAUCAACGCCGACCCGCACUACUUCACCCAGGUCUUCGCCGACCUCAAGAACGAAGGCAGCGGCCCCCAGGAGGACUUCGCCCGGGUCCUGGACCGGUGA